CCUCUCGUUGCCGCUCUACUUCGAUCGUUCACAACUGGCCAUGGGCCCGCUUGAACGAUUAGUGUCACUGGGCAAUGGCGGCACUCCACAUGAGGUCCGCAGAGUCUUGGACUCCGAGCUGCAGACAUGGACCACUUCCCCGAGAAAGGCCACCAUGUUUUUGAGCACCCUAGCGCAGAAGAAGUUUCCCGACUUGGCUUUGAACGUUGUGGACACCAUGAGAGCGACUGCUGUGGAAGUGAAUUCUAUCCAUAUAAGUGCAGUGGUGGGGGCUGCAGCUCGAUCUGCUCGCUGGACUUUGGCUCUUUGGUUGUUGCAAAGUCCGGAGCUCUUGGCGGAUCCCAAUGUUUUUGCCUGGAAUGCUGGCAUCAGUGCUUGUGAAGCAGGCAAGGAGUGGGAACGUGCCCUGUUGCUCUUCGAGUCCAUGCCUGCAGCGGGAAUUGAACCAGAUAAGGUCAGCAGAAAUGCCGCAAUCAGUGCUUGCAAGAGUGGGAGCAAUUGGCAGCUGGCCGUUAAUUUGCUUAGGAGUUUUGACUCGGCAGAUGUGAUUAGUUUUGGUGCUGCAAUCACCGCUUGUGAGAAGUGUGGGAUGUGGGAAGAGGCGCUGUCCCUGGCGGAAAGCAUGCAGGCCAGGCGGAUCUCCUUGGAUUUGGUGUGCUACAAUGCUAUGAUGAGUGCAUGUCAAAAAGGCCAGCAGUGGCAAUGCACCUUAGGCCUCCUAUUUCGGAUGCCACUUGCUCGGCUUUCCCCAGAUGUGGUCUCCUUCAAUGCAGCAAUCACCGCAUGUGAGCAGGGAAGUCAGUGGCAGCUGGCCUUAUCUAUAUUGGCUACUAUGCCAGCAUCACGGAUUUCACCAGACCUAAUGACCUUCAAUGCCAUGAUCAGUGCUUGUGCCUCUAGCGCCCAGUGGGAACUUGCUUUGAGUACCUUGAGGGAGGCAUCAAUUCAAUACAUGCCCGACACAAUCAGUUUUAGCGCUGCCAUUACUGCCCUAGAGAAGGGCUGUCAAUGGGAGAUGGCUCUCAAUAUCUUAAGAAGAAUGCCGGAGGCCUCGGCAGAGCCCAACCUUGUGAGCUUCAAUGCCGCCAUCAGUGCAUGUGAGAAAGGCUGGCAAUGGGAGCACGCGAUGCAAAUCUUUGGAAGGCUACCAGACCUGAACCUCACACCCGACUUGAUCACCUACAAUGCUACGGUUGCAGCCUGUGAAAAAGGUGCACAGUGGCUGUUGGCGAUGGAUCUUCUUUUCAAGAUGUACUUGGGCAGGCAGUUGCCAGAUGAUAUUAGCUUCAAUUCUGCGACAAUUGCAUGUGAAAAAGCUGGCGCAUGGCAGGCAACGUUGGACAUCCUGGAGCUCAUGCUGAAGGUUCAAAUCCUACCAGAUGCCGUGUUCGCAGGCUCCGCGACAAGCGCUUUUAGGGCUGCGCUUGGUCCGGCCAAAGCGAUGAUUCUUCUUCGGUCACUACGACCUUUUUGGCAGAGAUGCAAUGCACGAGGACCGCAGAGCAAGGCUUUAGCGACAAGCUCUGGCGUGAUCGCCAUAUCAAAGCCUGCCGGGGUCACGACCGAAGAUCUUGUGGAAGCUUUGCAAGAGCAAUGUCAGCCCCACGGUAGCCUGCGUAUUGUAUCAAGGCUGGACCAUCCUACUUCUGGAGUCCUUCCUUUGGCAGUGGGCAUCGAAGGAUCCAUGGAAGCGAAUUGGCUACGUGCUCAGUUUGCCGGGCGUUUGGUCUCCAAGGAAUACCUCUGUCUUUGUGAAGGUGCACCCUUUGGAGCACGUGGCACUAUCAAUGCACCGUUGUUGACAAAAGAAGUGGAUGGAGUGAGCCGCAGUGAGGUCUCUGAAAGCUUCGGACGCGAGGCAGUCACAGAAUAUGCGGUGUUGAAGAGAUACAAUGUCCGCGCACCGAGGAAUUGCCCUGAAGAAUAUGAAGCAAUGCUCCUCUCAGUGAAACCUUUGACUGGAAGGACUCAUCAGAUUAGAGUGCAUUUGGCAAGUGUUGGUCGACCUUUAGCUGGUGAUUUGACUUAUGGCCGCAAGCACCGAUCCAUUCUGAACUGUCCCCGGCUUUUUCUGCAUUGCUGUCGUAUACAGCUGAUGGACAUCAAUGACGAGGUAUUCUCAGCAGAAGCCACAUUGCCCAGCGAGUUGAUGGAUGUACUUGAGGCUCUACAGCCAUUCAGAGUUGGAUGAAAGUUGAGUCGCUGAAAGGGUUCUUUGACAAUUGUUGGUUUUGGUUUCUUAUCGAUCCUUGCAACAAGCACCUCUUUGAAUUGAAUCCUGGUCAUUGUAUAUACCAGUCUUGAGCCUGAGAACAAACCGCACAUAUCCGCAAGUUCGGCCCUUAAGAUUAGGCGGGAGCGAGAUGCUCGCUAUUGCAGCAAGGUGCUUUGUGGGAAGUACAGUUGUUGGCAAGCCCGUGCUUUUUCCACAUCAUGGAUCUAAUUCUUGCGCUCAUGCAGAUGAUGGCUCCACGUGCACGACUGGAAUAUAUUGACAACUGCAUAUCAACGAAUGGCGUUGGAAGUGUUGGCAAAGUUGUGCAGAGCUCCUGCAGAGCCUUGCGCAGGGCAGAGAAUGGCCAGCUGGAAAGUCCAGGGGCCCACAGUCACCAUCACCCACACUACAGAUCUACUUUUAGGAUCUUUUAGGAGAUAUUUGGGUCGCCAGUUGCCGUUGAAAUUGACAGCAGCUCAUGAAAGCAACUGAUGCAUGCCAAUUCACUAGUUGGCUAGUUGGAGGUAUUACAGUAUGUGGUGUUUCAUGUUUCACUUGCGCAGGCAUUGCCAAGCAAAAAGGCUUGACUGUCUACAACAGAUUUAAAGGUUGUGCGACUGGACCAAAUCAAGGGUUCGAUGCCAAUGGCCGGUAGAGGGAACGUAACAUCAUACAACUUGCACUUUGUUGCAGUGCUUUGCGGCAUUUCUAUUAUUGGCACAUGGUGG